AGAAUGGUCACGAUGCCAGAGAGAUUCGUGCACUCGCUUCUCAGAGGACAAAAGGGACCGAUCAGGUUGUUACAUAUCCAGCCAUCCAAAGACUACCAUGCCCCACUCGAGGUGGAUCUCGAAGAAGUUGAGCUCUCAUCCGAACCCGAUUUCAAAGCCCUGUCGUAUGUUUGGGGCGACCCAACAGAUAACAUUCCUAUACUUAUCUGUGGUAAGACAUACGAUAUCACCGUCAAUUGUCACUCGGCUCUUUUACGACUUCGGCAAAUCGGAGAAUCACGUCUGUGGAUUGAUGCAAUAUGUAUCAAUCAAAGAGAUGACAAGGAGAAGAUGCAACAGAUACAAUCCAUGAGGGACAUAUAUUAUUCUGCGCGAGAAGUAAUUGUAUGGCUUGGGUAUAGCGAGCCCCGACCACCAAGCGAAGAGAAGUACGACAGGAUACUUUUCGAGCUUUUGGAAGACCUUCAGAACUUGACCGAUGAAUCCUUUCCGGACAUAUUCGAGGAACUCUUCUUUGAUGGCUCGGGUGAAUUUGAGGCAGCUGAGGCGUUCGUCACCCUAUUAUAUCAUCCUUGGUUCACACGGCUAUGGGUACAUCAGGAAAUCUGUCUCGCGAAACAUGCUUUGGCGCUCACUAGAUUUCGGACUUUUUCAAUGAAUAAAGUCCUGGACGUGCGUCUUGAUCAAGUCAACGGGCCCAGGGUGUUCAAGCGAUUUGGACAAAGCCCACAGAUGCUGGCAGGGCUACUCGAGAAGGGAGUCGCACUUGGAUCAAGGGCAAUGUCAGUAGAAAAAUACGACAGGAAAUUAAAACGUGUGACGGGCACAAAUGGUGCGACGGCUUUAUUCAAGUCAGUCACACGAUAUAACUGUUCUGGUCCUAGAGAUCGGGUCCUCGGUGUGCUAGGUUUGCUGGAUGACGAUUUUGUCAGCCAGUUCAACUCAGCUACCUACCACAGUCUUCCAAAUUUAUUUGUGGCUACUACUCGAGCUCUGGUGCUGGAAAAUAGGUCUUUAUACGCCCUCACGCUGGUUCAGAAAAGUUCGCUGACACUUCCAACAUGGGUGGUUGACUGGGAGCAUAAUUCUCACGGGGAAAAGAAUUAUCGCUAUCAUUACACGUCUUACCAUUCAGAUUUGCACUGUCCCCAGGCCAUACUUUUAUGUCCUCUGGGUUCCCAUGAGCUCCAAAUCAUCGGUUUGUCUGUUGAUUCCAUUCUGAGCUGUACUUCCGAGCUUCUCAUACACAGAAAUGCCACCAGUAUCGCAUCCUUGACUUCAGCAAGAAAAGUAUGUUUGGAUCUCUGGCUAAAACACUUCUCACAUUAUCCCAAGGCUGCUGAUGCAAACGAAGUUACGCUCCGGACGUUGACGGCCGAUAUAAAUUACCUGGACGGCAUUAUAAAUAGUACCACCAGGCUUGCAAGCAUCACCCUCUUAACAUGUCAAACAAUUUUAGACUCACUAGAGCAAAAGAGAUCUCUCCCUGGUCUUGUCUUAAGUCACCUCCAAACGUCGCCAGACUUGACGGAUGGCGAAAGAGCAUAUUUAUUCGCCAUGUGGAACCAUCUCCGCGAAAUGAAGUUCUUCAUCUCCAGCCUUGGAUACAUGGGAACCUGCCCAGGGAAACCCCAGAUAGGAGAUACGAUAUGUAUAUUUCCGGGUUCCAAGAUGCCAUUGCUACUACGGAAGACACGCAAGAAGGAGAAUCAGUAUACACUUAUUGGUCCUUGCUUCGUGUGGGGUUUGAUGGAUGGGGAAGCUUUUAGAGAUAAGGAUUUAUCCGUAUAAGACGGCAAGUCUUUUGAGGACGUGCAAGGUGUGGAUGGUUGGAUGGCUUUUGAGCUUGUCUAGGCUUGAACGUCCAAUUUAUGAGUUGCACUAGAGGAAUUUGCUUGCCUUUCGCAGCUUCUUUUGUCGAUAUAAUGGCUGGUGUGAGAUCCUUCUAUUUUAUCGUUAUUCACACAACCAGUUUGUGUUUAUCCUACGAAACUAGGGAUAGCUGAUCCAUAAGGGCCACCCUCCUUGCCUCAUCCCAAGAGAUCUUAGCUGCUCAAGUGAACUUUCAAAGAGGGAUUGAAGCAACGAUCGGCAAAUGGAACUAGAUUCCAUGGAAUUGUGGAAUUAUAUUCCACUAGGGAUAUUCUAGAGCACCUGAUAUAUAGUAUUAUAUAAUAUGACUUCC